UGCGACAAUUUCGUUGUUGCUCGGUCACUCUCCCUCUCUUUAAAAGACGCCCUAACCAUCCAUCUCUCUCUCUCUCUCUCUCUCAGAAAACAACUCUUUUCAUCUGUUGAUCUCUUCGUCAUUCCUCUCUGCAUCCAUCCAUGUCUUGCUUCAAAGGAAAGUACCAUGAUGAGCUCAUUGCCAAUGCUACCUACAUUGGCACUCCCGGUAAGGGUAUCCUUGCUGCAGAUGAGUCCACUGGCACAAUUGGCAAGCGUCUUGCCAGUAUUAAUGUUGAGAAUGUUGAGUCAAACAGGAGGGCUCUCCGCGAGCUCCUUUUCACCACUCCUGGUGCUUUUGAAUGCCUCAGUGGAGUGAUUCUCUUCGAGGAAACCCUCUAUCAGAGUACCGCUGCAGGUAAACCCUUUGUUGACGUACUCAAGGAAGGUAAGGUCCUUCCGGGAAUCAAGGUUGACAAGGGCACUGUUGAGCUUCCUGGAACCAAUGGUGAGACCACCACACAGGGCCUGGAUGACCUUGCCCAGCGCUGCAAGAAGUACUACGAAGCUGGUGCUAGAUUUGCCAAAUGGCGUGCCGUGCUCAAGAUCGGCCCCAACGAGCCAUCCCAGCUCGCGAUCAAUGAAAACGCCAAUGGUUUGGCUCGAUAUGCCAUCAUCUGCCAGGAGAACGGCCUGGUCCCCAUAGUUGAGCCAGAGAUACUGGUUGAUGGCCCCCAUGACAUUAACAAGUGUGCCGAUGUCACAGAACGAGUUCUUGCAGCAGUUUAUAAGGCAUUGAACGACCACCAUGUCUUGCUCGAGGGGACUCUGUUGAAGCCCAACAUGGUGACCCCUGGAUCUGAUGCCCCUAAGGUUGCUCCUGAGGUGGUGGCGGAGCACACUGUUCGUGCCCUGCAGCGCACAAUGCCUGCUGCAGUUCCCGCUGUGGUGUUUUUGUCUGGUGGCCAGAGCGAAGAGGAGGCUACAGUCCACCUCAACGCCAUGAACAAAUUGAAGGGCAAGAAGCCAUGGAGCCUCACUUUCUCCUUUGGAAGGGCUCUCCAGCAGAGCACCCUCAAGGCUUGGUCAGGGAAGCAGGAAAAUUGGGGCAAGGCUCAGACUGCAUUCCUUGCAAGGUGCAAGGCCAACUCAGAGGCUACCCUUGGAACCUACAAGGGUGGCAGCGGAUUGAGUGAGGGUGCCUCAGAAAGCCUUCACGUCAAGGACUACAAGUACUAAUCUGCCUGUGGUGGCAGUGAAGCAACAGCUUCUUUCCCUAUUUUCCCUAUCAUCGAGUUGCUAAUGUUUUCUUUCUUGGGGUUUUUCUUUUUUCCCCUCAAUCUUCUUGUUAUCUGGUUAGUAGAUUGUUGAAUAAAGCUUGAGGAAGAAACAUCAUCAUUGUUGAGGUUGAGUGAAUGAAUGAAUACCUUGUAUUUUCGGUUGAUAGAGUAUUGACAGGUUUCUUUAAUGACUCUGUAAUUGUUUGUGGCUCGAGCUGUACAGCUGGGGCUCUUGUAGUUUCCUUCUUUCCCAGUAGGCCGCCAUUUAUUUGUAUGAUGAAAUACAUAUUUUGAGAAACUUUACAAAAAAAUAUAUAAUAUUGCCUAUUCUUUGA